CACACCGUGUUUGAUCUGAUGCACAUUAACAGCGGAUAAACAAUGGAGUGCUCUGACUCUACAGGGAGGGUGGCAGCGUGUGUAACUGAUGGUUUCAUGAAGAGGAGGCUCUGUGAUGAACUCUUCCUCUGACAGGAUCAGUGCUGGGCUGUGAUCUUCCGCUGGAGCGUCUUUUUCUGGGAUCCUGUGGCUCUGCCCUGCACACUGAGUGAGGAUACACCGCUCCCAGCUGCCAGCAGUGUGUGUGUGUGUGUGUGUGUGUGAGUGUGUGUGUGGCUUCACCACGUUUUGCACGGAGCAUCAGCCCAACACCAGCUGACUGUUUUCACUCUGUCAGAUUCUUAAACGACGGAUUCAAGGAGGAAACUGAUGCAUUGAGUCAGUGACGCACCUCUCUACCUGAUGGACCUGUGACCUGUGCUGAGGAUCAUACUACAUACAUGUUGUUGGAGCACAGCUGGUCAGACUGAGGCGUCACGUGGAGCUGGAUGCAGGUUGUUGUUUACUUCCUCAUCUCUCCUCCAGCUCCCAGCAGCCCCUCUGAUUUACUGCCUGCUGGUGCUCACCCUCAGCUCUCUGCCUCCUUCUCUCAAACACAGCAAAUCUCCAAAGUGACCUAUUUAUUCCCCCAGAAUGAAUUUCGACCAGAUCCUGUCUGCCGUCGGAGGCUUCGGGAAGUAUCAGAAGAUCCUGUACGUGUGGAUCUGUUUGCCUCAGGUCCUCCUCGCCUUCCACAUGAUGGUGAGCAUCUUCACCGGAUCCACGCCGCCUCACCACUGCCGGGACAGCUCCAUCUCAGUGACCGGGAAUCAGUCCUCCUUCCCGCAUACACUGAGCCUCAACUUCAGCCUGUCGGAUCCCUCCCGCUGCUUCUCUGAGGUCCUGCAGGACAACCGGACCGAGCGCGUCCCGUGUGGCCACGGAUGGGUGUACAGCCAGGAGACCUUCCAGAGCACAACAGUCACAGAGUGGGACCUGGUGUGCGACAAAGCCAGACUGAACAGUCUGGGUUCGUCUGUCUACAUGUUCGGCCUGUUGGUGGGAUCGGUGCUGUUUGGAGCCAUGGCUGACAGGUACGGCCGACGUCUCAUCCUGCUGCUGUCCAUCGCUCUGCAGACUGUGUUUGGAGUCGCCGUGGCGUUUGCACCCAACUUCCCCGUCUAUGUGAUUCUUCGCUUUAUAGUCGGCACCACCAUAUCCGGAGUCAUCAUCAAUGCCUUUGUACUUGGCACUGAAUGGACGUGCACCAAGAGACGCAUGCUAGCAGGUAUCAUCACCGACUAUGCGUUUGGUCUGGGCUACAUGCUGCUAGCAGGCAUAGCGUACUUGAUACGAGACUGGAGGAAGUUGCAGCUGGCGAUAUCAGCCCCGGGCUUCCUGCUCAUCUUCUACAUAUGGGUGCUCCCUCAGUCUGCCAGAUGGUUGCUGGCCAACGACAGGAGGGAGGAAGCCAUCGCACUCCUCCGCAAGGCAGCACUGGUUAACGGCCGGGUCUUACCUCCUGCUGUACAAGUUGAAAAGUGUCAGAUUUUACGUGAAGGGAAGCGAAGUCACUCAGCUGUGGAUCUCGUACAAACACCUCAGAUGAGGAAGAGGGCUCUCAUCUUAUUCUACAUCUGGUUUGUGAACGUGCUGGUGUAUUAUGGCCUCUCUCUGGGCGUGUCCAGGUUGGGGACAAACCUCUACCUGACCCAGUUUGUGUUCGGGCUGGUUGAGAUCCCGGCUCGUACCCUCGUCCUGCUCGUCCUGCCCUUCAGUCGCCGACUCUCCCAAAGUGGAUUCCUGGCUGUUGGAGGUCUCGCCUGUCUGCUCAUGCUGGCUGUGCCUGCAGAUCAUCCCAGCGUCCUGACUGCUCUUGCCAUGGCGGGGAAGUUUGGUAUAACAGCUUCCUUUGCUGUAAUCUAUGUGUACACUGCUGAGAUAUUCCCCACGGUGCUUCGGCAAACAGGGAUAGGUGUGUCCUGUAUGUUCGCGAGGAUGGGCGGUGUGUUAGCUCCCGUUAUAAACAUGCUCCAUAACCACAGCCCCACCACACCUCUGGUCAUCUUCGGUAUGUCCCCGCUGCUGGGUGCUGUCCUGGCCCUGGCCCUGCCCGAAACUGCCGACAGAUCUCUGCCUGACACAGUGGAGGAAGCAGAGAGCUGGGACACCAGGAGCAAGGAGAACCCUGAGAUGUCUGAGGAUAUGAGCCAAUCAGCCAGAAGCGCGGAGCGGCAGGAGAUGCGUCUAACAAGCCAGGCCUGACUGCGUUUUAAACACUACGCACAUUCCAUGAGUCACGUUAAACAGCCUCAACUGUUUCCUGCAGAUACAGAACUUAAAGGUAACGUUGGUAUUUUUUUAACCUGGAUCCUAUUUUCACGUGUGUGUGUGUCUAAGUGACCAGUGGAGACAACAGGUUUUGA